AUGCAAAAGAAAUACCUUCCAACAAAAGAGACAGUACCUUUGACUGUGCCUUUGAGUCGUAGGGCGCAAUCCUUAAAAAAUUUUAGAAGGGGCUCAUCAACGUAUAGCAGAGUAAAUAAAAAUAACGGUUUUUUUAGGAUGGACUCCCAAAUUAAACAAGCAGUUAGCGUAGAUCACGUUUUGCAGAAUGAGAACGAAGAGGAAAUUGCACUUAACGAACAGUGUCUUGUACAGGAAGAAUUACUUAAUAGCGAAGAAUUUAAUGCACACUAUAAUGAAAGUAAUGUUGAGAUCGUUGACAGCCAUGAUAACAGUAUUCGUCCAACCACCCCCAAAGAAAUUUCACCAGUUAAAUUAAACCGGAAUAAUUAUAAGAAUGGCCUAUAUGGAGAAAGUACCCCUCCGCAACAAUCUUCACAAAGUUCUAAUCCACAAAUCAAUGACAUUAGGGGCACUACACCAGUAGACACUCCUCCGCAAGCCAUUCUGGAUACGACUAAUUCUAAAGAUUCAGGAAAUAGGCCUGGAACAACUGUUAGUGGAACGAGAGUUUUUGUUGGUGAUCUCUCCUGGAAACUUUCAGAUAAAGAGCUCAGAGCAGAAUUUAAACAUUUUGGAACUGUAAAUGAAGCACUUGUCAUUAGAGAUAAAAAUACUGGUCGAAGUAAAGGCUAUGGAUUCGUUUCUUUCGAAGAACCGCAUGCUGCAUUAGACGCAAUUAAAGCAAUGAAUGGUCAACCCAUUGAUGGUCGUCCUAUACGUGUUGAGGCUGCUGAAGAACGACCGAUCGAUGAUCGUUAUGAAGGAAAAAAAGAUCAUAUGCAAGAUUAUAGGCGACUAAAUGACUAUCGCAGAGAUAUGGAUCACGGACGAAAAAAUUAUUAUGAAUUACGUAACAGAAGAGAAAGGGACUUCGAUUAUAGAAGUGACCCCCAUUAUAGGCGAGAUAUUAAUCGUCGAUUCGAGAAAAGAGAUAUUGAUGAUCGGAGAGAAAAUGAAACUCGCCGUGAGGUUGAAUAUCGCAGAGACAUAAUGCGUAGGAGAGAUAACGAAUUUGAGAAACGUGAUAGGGAUAUUGAACGUCGAAGAGAAGAGUUUGAUAGUAAAAGGGACAGAGGAAAUCCUUUAAUAGAGCCACACGAAUCGUAUCAUUCCUCGUCAAAGAUGCAACCAGCACGUUCCAGCAGUAUACAACAAAGUGACUCGUAUUAUUCUCAAUCUGAAGCUUUGCACACUGAUACAUCCCCUCACCCUUCUUUACCUCCAGUAAUGGCAUCAUCUCCAAAUCGUUCAGCCCUUUCUGAACACAUAACAUCAGUGCGUCAUGAACCUCGAUCCCCUCUUUUUUAUUCUGACAUUCCGCAAUCAUCGUCAAGAAUGCCACGAAAAAAUUAUUAUAAUGAUGGCCAUUCAAUGGAAUUUGCGAAGAAAUGGGAUCAAGUACGUGAUAGGGAACGAGAUAGAGGAUUUGAUCGAGAGAGAGAUAGAGAACGUCUGAUGGAAAGAGACCGUGAACGAGAAAGGCAACAUUUGGAAAGAGAGAGGGAAAUCGAAAGAGAUCGAAGAGAAAAAGAAUUAAGAUUAAUGGAAAGAGAAAGAGAUUUUGUACGAUCGCGCGAUCAAACACGUUAUUACGAAAUGGAAAGGGAAUUGCCUCGUAAUCGAACAUCAGGCUAUGAAUACGGUAGAGAAGUAGAUCGCGUUAGGACUCCAUUUUAUAAUAGAGAACAAGAAUUAAGGGAUCGUGAUUUUGUUCGAUAUCGAGAUACUGAAUUGGAUCCAUAUGCUAAUCGUCACUCACCACCAGGUCAUUCAACAUACAGGGACAACUACAAGCGUUUCAAUGAUUAUUAUUACCAUCCUGCGACAUAUUCAGCUGCCCGUCGGUCGGUAUCUCCGCGGCCACGUUAUUCUGCACGACGUUCGCUUUCUCCAGGUGCUAGACAACCAAUUGCAACUUAUGAACGUCGAUAUGAUCGAGAUCGACCUCCUCGUUUUGAUGCUGCACGUGGUCAUGAACUUGAUUCUAGACGUGAUGUUGAUUAUAAUUAUCAUUAUAAUGAUGCGCACAAUCCUGGUUACAAUCAUUAUUCUCCUAUGAUACAUAAUAGUCAGACUCAUGUGAGAUCAUAUGAUGAUAAUGUUAUUGGGACUAGUGCAAGUUCUUUAAAUAAUGAGACUUUCCAGCGAGAUCGUCCAAAGUCAAGACAUUGGGGUGUCAACAAUGAGAAAGAAAGAGAUAUAAAAAAGAUUCAUAGCAACCCAAAUGAUGUGUAUUCUGAUAACUAUGAUCGUUAUAGGCGCGAGAGACGUAAACCAUGGGAUGUUGUUGAAAAAAGUAGAGAAGAUGAAGAUGAGCAAAAUGAAUCUAGCGUUACCACUGCUACUGUUACUAAUAUUCAGGAGCGAGCUCGAGACCGAGAACGAGAUGAAAGACAAAGAAGCUGGGAUGUGAAAGAGGAAAAAACUAGAGAUGUUAAAUCAGAACGCAAUAAUGGGGGCACUAUUACUAAGGAUACUUAUGAGCGUCAAAUUCCGCGUGAAAGAUCUAAAUAUUGGGACAUGAAUGAGGAUAAAAGUAGAGAGCUCGAGCGCAGUUCCAAUAAGAACCGUGAUCGUGAUAAUAGAGGCAACCAAGAACGAGGUGAAUUUGACCAGGCAUUUACUUCAUUAAAUGAUGAACAUCCUUCUACCCCUGCACUUGAUUUCUUUCCUCCUAUUACUAUUCCAACGGAUUCUUUCGCUCUUCAAUCAUCGCCAUCAAUUGGUAACAACGGUCGCGGUCAACUUUUAUCUAACAUAAAUUCUUGCCUUGCUGUGGUUGAUACUGUGAGGACGACCUUAGGACCAAGAGGCAUGGAUAAAUUGAUCGUUGAUGAAAAAGGUGAAAUUACAAUCUCAAAUGAUGGUGCCACAAUCAUGAAACUCCUUGAUAUUGUACAUCCCGCUGCUAAAACUCUCGUUGAUAUCGCAAGAUCGCAGGAUGCUGAAGUCGGAGAUGGAACAACAAGUGUAGUUUUACUCGCAGGCGAAUUAUUAAAGGAGGUCAAAGGAUACAUUGAGGAAGGUGUUAGUCCUUAUGUAAUAAUUAAAGGCUAUAGAAAAGCAGCCCAAUUGGUAAAAGUUUUAGUUUUUUAG